AUGGACUUUAACCAACUUAUUAAAGAACUACUGCCACCGACCAUAGGCGCCAACAUGUCCAUGACAGCAGACGGCAGCAGCCCUGCCGGCAACGCCUCGACGACCCACGGCAGCCUUCGCAUGAACGGACUGGGGAUAGAGGGCCUCCUGAUGCCCCUGCUCGGGGGAGGUAUGCACGCCAACCCGCUCAUGCGCACCUUUAUGCUCGUCAACCAGACCCUGGGCGCCUACCUGGGCAUCGACCCGACGGCGCUCGUCACCGCCAUGGGCUUCGUCUGGGCCACCUAUCGCCUGACGCGCCAGUUCUGGUCCCUCGUCUGGCACGGGCUCGUGCUCGAGUACAUGACUUCGAGCGUCUCCGUGGUCAGCGACGACGAGAUCUUUGACCAUGUCAUGGUCUGGCUCGCCGCCCAGCCGCGGACCGAGAGGUCAAGGUUGCUCAUGGCCGAGACGGCUCUCCAGUCCGCGUGGGAGGGCGAUCGAGGUGAGUAUGCUGCAACGCGGAAGGCGGUUCCGGUGACCGUCUCGGAGGAUGGCAAGGAAUAUGUCAACUUCUCCCAGCAGAAGGCGAGCACGCCACCCCGAUAUAUACCCGCCUUUGGCAUCCACGGCUUCUGGUUUCGGCACAGGUACUUUAGUCUUCACAGGCGGCAGAAACCCGUAAUGGAAGGCAGCAACAUUGCACCCGCGGCUGUUACCAUCAGGGACAAAGAGACUAUGAUUAUUUCCUGUUUUGGACUUUCACCAGAACCGAUUAAGGAGCUCCUCGCUCAUGCCCGAGAGCACUACUACAAGGACCAUUACGCGAAAACAAUGAUAAAGCGACCCAACAGCUCUCUGGUUCGGCGACACGGUCGACACUCGUGGAUGCCGGUCGCCAACCGUCCCGUGCGUCCCAUGAACACUGUCGUGCUCGACCAGGAGCAAAAAGCGGCCGUGCUGUCCGACAUGAACGAGUACCUGCAGCCCGAGACGCCGCGCUGGUACGCGAACCGCGGCAUCCCGCUGCGCCGGGGCUACCUUUUCCACGGCCCGCCGGGCACGGGCAAGACGUCGCUCUCCUUUGCGCUGGCCGGCGUUUUCGGGCUCGACAUAUACGUCAUCAGCCUGCUGGAGCCGCAGCUGAGCGAGGAGGACCUGUCCAGCCUCUUCAACAGCCUGCCGAGAAGGUGUGUCGUCCUCCUGGAGGACAUUGACACGGCCGGCCUGAGCAGAACCGAGGACAAGAGUGGACACGAGGUUAGAACCGAUACCAAGACCACGACCACGACCACGACGACCGGCGGCAACGGCAACGGGGCUGCGCCACCCAGCGGACCCAGCGAGUGGAAGGUUACGGAUCUGGCCCGGGCCCUCAAGGGGGGCAGGGGCGGCGACGGCGAGCAAAAGGGCAUCUCCCUGUCGGGUCUGCUCAACGCCAUAGACGGGGUGGCGUCGCACGAGGGCCGCGUGCUCAUCAUGACGACCAACAGGCCCGAGACGCUCGACGACGCCCUCAUCCGCCCCGGCCGCGUCGACCUGCAGGUGGCCUUUAGCAACGCGACGCAAGAGCAGGCAAGCGAGCUGUUUCAGCGCAUGUAUACCACCGACCAGAGUUCCAAGCCUCCGCCGUUUACGGAUAUUCAGCAACAGAAGGACAGCCGGUUCUUCCUCGGUAAACAACAGGACGCUAUAGACGAAAAGGAUGACGUGGAGACUCCCAUCACCGAUGCCGACGAGCUGAGCAGGAUAGCGGCCGAGUUUGGCUCCAAGAUCAUCUCCGGUCAGCUUUCGCCGGCCGAGAUCCAAGGCUUCCUGCUCAAGCGCAGGAAGUGGCCGCGCAAAGCUCUGCGCGACGUUGAGGGUUGGGUCAAGGCCAUAGCAGAGCAGAAGGCAAACAAAAGCAAGAUAACGCAAGCACAAUGAUUUAAUUGUUUUGGCACUGAUACCUCUGGAGCUCACCUCAGUAUUGCUGUAAUAGGUUUUAUGGCUUAGACGUUAUUCCUUGCGAUUUUUGUUUUGGGCUGGCAGUGUUUUUUUCUUUUCUUUUUUUAUUUCUUGGUCAUUAUAGCCUGAGUUGGGCAGUGCUCCGGGCUGAUUUGUUAUUUCCUGGCCAGCCGAGGAAGGGGGAAUCUUAGACUGUAUGACGCUAAAUUUCGUUUUGGAAUUGUUUAGUUAAUAAAUAGCGCAUCACAUAUGAUAACUUAUUCAGAAGAGCUGAUAGAUAAUCGACUUGAGAGAA